GUCACUGAGGAUUUGACGACGGAAUUCAUUCGAACGAACACGAGCAUCCCCGUUCCCCGUAUCCUCGACGUCUUUAAGCGAAACAACAAGUCGUACAUCGUGAUGGAGUUCAUCGAAAACGCAAAGAGCUUGUAUGACGUUUGGUCGGACAUGACAGACGAGCAGAAGGGAGCGAUCUGCUCUCAAUUCAAAACCUACAUCAACGAGUUGCGCUCGCUCGUGCCGCCGAAUCCGGGACGGGUGGAGUCCAUCGACGGCUCUCCGUGCUUUGACAUUCGCCUGCUGGGAGAGUUUGGGCCGUUCGCGUCCGUUGACGAUUUCCACGCACAUAUCGGCCACAAUUUCCGUUGCGAAGGCAAUAAGUACCGCACGGUCUUUGCGCAUUGCGAUCUCAGACUAUACAAUAUCCUCUUUCGCGACGGGAGGAUCGCCGCUAUAAUUGAUUGGGGAUGGUAUCCUGGGUACUGGGAGUAU